UCCGAACUAUUUUCAACGUGAAUAGUAUGCAUCAAUUUGUGGGAAGUCUUUUAGUAACGGAUUAACCAUCAAGUAGUGCGCAUCGAACAAUUGACAGAAAGAUUCUUGAUUGUUUUUGAAUUACAAAAUAGUAGAAAAAACUAAACAAUAGAGAUAUGAACAUCAAGCUAAUUCUAAUUUGUACGAUUCUUGUGUUGUUUAUUUUUGUUGAUAUUGGAAAUGGAAAAUCGAGUAAACGGAGAACCGGAAGUAGUGGAUGGGGAUCUGUAUUUCGUUCAAGAUCAACACCUCGUCCUCGUAUAUCCCAAACAUCAAAUCAAGGAGGUUCAAAUCCAAAUAAAAUAGGAUGGAAUGUGCCAGAUAAGAAACCAACUGGAACCAAUACUGCUCCUAAACCAUCUGCUCCUAAACCAUCUGCUCCUAUAUCCGAACAAAGUGCUAAAACUAGUGCAACGAAUGUACAAUCUGGUUAUAAUCCCUCAGGUGGAUAUCCUCGUCAACCAGCAAGUAAUCCUUAUUAUACAAAUCCUAAUCAACCUUAUAAUCCAUCAAUUGGACAAAGUCAUAAUCCUUCAGUUGGUCAAGGAUACAAUCCUUCUUUAGGCUAUAAUCAAGGUGGUAAUCCUGGAAUAGGAGGACAUGUACCUUAUGGAACACAAUCUUAUAAUGGAUAUAAUCCAGGACACUCAUAUAAUUCACCAUUGGGACAGUUCAAUCCAUCUAUGGGUCAAAUACCACAACAAACACUCUUUGUACAACAAGCACAGAGACCUGGUAUUGGACAACUUGCAAAAGAAGCAUUUGUUUUUGCUGGUGUAAGCGCAGGAGUGAAUGCAGCUGUUAAUAGAUUACUACCAGGAGGAAUAUAUGGCACUAGAGGCACUGGAGGAGGUUCUCAUACUGAAAUUACAUAUAAUAAUUAUUAUAAUAAUGGGACUGCACCUGUCCCAAUUUCAAAUGCUGAACAAUCAGUAGUUAAUGCAGCUCAAUCUACAACUACAUCAACUGUUCAGUCUCAAUCAACUCAAACAGCCCAAUCUGCUGUUGAAACAUCACAAACUUCCCAAAAUGCAGAUACUAAUAAUGCAUCACCAACUAAUACAAAUUCUCAAGAAUCAGCGCAAAAUAAUCCCAAUCCAUUAGGAUUUAUCACUUCCAAUGAUGAUAUCAAAAAAUUAACAGAAAAUCUAUUUGAGAAAGAGAAGAAUAAUGCUCUUAAAUAUAUAACAAUAAAUUUGCAAGGUCAGAAGAAAGAUGAUAGUACCAGUGACGAUGCUGCUGAACCGUUACUAAGUGUGAAAGAUGAAGCUUAUGAAAUUCCAACAAUAAAAGCCAUAAUAAUGUUACAUAAUAAUUAUGAAUUGGAUGUUAAAGUAAAAGAGGUGGUCACAUCAGAAGAGCGUAAAGAAGAAUCUGAACUUCUUGAUAAAAUUCUUGAAACAGACAUAAUAAAAACAACUAUGAAAUUUUUAAUUGAUAAAGGAUACAUUCAAGAUGAUGAAUUUGAAUUUAAAGACACUAUGAAACGCAUAUGGUUUUCUCAAUUUAAACGAAUCGACGGAGAUGCAUCAAGUUCCGGUUUUGAAACCGUAUUCCUAGCUGAACAAUUUGAUUCAGAUAUAAUUGGAUUACAUAAUUGGGUCUAUUAUGCGAAACAAGAAGCAGAGAAGAAGCUCAAUUAUCUUGGAUAUAUCAAAGAAGUCAAAUUGGGUGACAAAGCAGCAGUUUUAAAAGUACGUUCAUCAUUAAAUAGAAUAAUACAACCUAUUACAACUCUUUUUGUUGGUACAUCACCAGAAUUGGAAUUUGCUUUGUAUACGAUGUGUUUUUUUACUCGACCGAAUAACGUUUGUCCAAUUUCUUUAGGAGGGACUGAAUUUGUAAUUUUUGUAAGCAGAGUCAAUUACUUUGGAAAAGAUAUUUUAAUUUCGGGAUAUCCUGAUGUUUAAUUUGAUUGAAAAAUAUUUAUAACAUAUUAAAUUUAUGAUAUAUAAAAUUUUAUAAUAUUUAAUAGAUUUUGUGUGAUUACUUUUAGAGCUUAAUGAUUAAUAUGUUAUAAUGUUGUUUUGUUGAAUGUAAUAUAUAUAAUAUAACAAAUGAAAAAUUAAUUAAAAAUAUUUAGAAGAAUUAAAAAAUUUAAGAAUUUAAAUUCUUAUUAAAAAGUAAAUAAUAUAAUUAGAGUUUUUUUUCAAAUACAUAAAAAUAUAAAAAAGAUACCUGAACAGUUUUUAUCUGUCGUGUUUCUAAAUUCGUUAAUUCUAAUAAAGGCACUAUGGAUGGCCGUCCGUGAGCACAUUGAGUAGGAAUUUUCGUUUCAUUUAAUAAUUUCAAAAGCCAUUUACAUUCUUUUAAUGUUAAUGAAUGUCCAAAUUUUAUAGCUCCUAAAAUAUUCAGCAUAAAUGAUAAUGAUAAUAUAUUUGUUGAUAUUAAAUAAUAUGUAUGAAUGAAAAAUA